CGGGCGGCUAGCGUCGCGCACCGUUACCUCCCUCCCGAACCGCCCGCGCGCUCUUCAACCCAUUGGAGGAACAAGUUGCUCCGACUCUCAUCGUUGGGCAACGGCGCCACCCAGCUGCGCCAAAGUCGCAUCAAAGGUAUGGGUUUGUUGAAUUCGAUGACCCGCGUGACGCAGACGAUGCCGUUUAUGACCUGAACGGCAAAGAGCUGUGCGGAGAGCGGGUGAUUGUGGAGCACACCAAGGGGCCCCGUCGUGACGGAGGCUACGGUGGUGGAAGGAAGUCCUUUGCUGACUGCCUGCCCCUAUUGCUGGCCAUGGUGUCCCCCCUUUCCAAGAGUGUGGUUUGACCAUUCUGGGCCCCUGGGCAGACCAAAAAAGGGAGCCAUUGUGAAUGAAGACCGCUUUUCCCAUUAGGCCCAGGCCGGGUGGUGAGGAUGCCAUGGGGGUUAGGAACAGAUGUGGAUAUGGGCGCUGGGGACGAGACAGAUAUGGUCCUCCUAUAAGGACAGAUUAUCGGCUCAUUGUCGAGAAUCUUUCCAGCCGUUGCAGCUGGCAGGACUUGAAGGACUACAUGAGGCAGGCGGGGGAGGUGACCUACGCCGACACCCACAAGGGCCGGAAGAACGAGGGGGUGAUCGAGUUCAGGCUCUACUCUGACAUGAAGAGGGCUCUGGAGAAGCUGGAUGGCACGGAGGUGAACGGCAGAAAGAUCCGGCUCAUUGAGGACCGUCCUGGAGCCAAGCGCCGCCGCUCGUAUUCCCGCAGUCGCAGCCACAGCCGCUCCAGGUCCCGCUCCAGGAGCCGCAGGUCUCGCAAGAGCCGCAGCCGCAGUGGAAGCAGCAGCCGCAGCCGCUCCCACUCAAGGGCGGCGUCCCAGUCCCGCAGCCGAUCUCGUAGCAAGAAGAAUAAGGGCAAGGGCAAGAAGGAGGAAGAGGAGCGCAGCAACGGCCCUCAGAAGAACAAAGACCGAAGUAGGAGCCGCAGCCCCAAAAGCCGUAGCCCUAAAAGCCGUAGCCCUAAGAGUCGCAGCCCUAAGAGUCGCAGUCCCAAAAGCCGUAGCCCUAAGAGUCGCAGUCCCACGAGUCGCAGCCCCAAAAGCAAAAAGAUCAAGAAAGAAGUGAAGAAAGGCAAGAAAGAGGAUUCCCAGUCCAGGUCUCGCUCUCGCUCCAGGUCUCGUUCCAGAUCCGGAAUUAAAGAUCGCUCUAGGAAUUCUGGCUCAAAGGGUCGCGAGCAACCCAAGAGCGACGACGAGGGAGGCGCGCCUGCGAGGGGCUCUCGUUCUCGCUCCCGCAGCCCCGUCGUCCCCAAAUCGAGAGCCAGGUCUAAAUCCAAGUCCAAGUCCAAAUCCCGUUCACCCUCGCCCGCCAAAGCCCGCUCCCGGUCAGCCUCACGUUCAGAGUCCCGCUCCCCAUCUCGUUCUCGCUCCCGUUCUCGCUCCUAGUUCAGAGCUUGGACUCUUUGUCGUAAGCCCUUAUCCCAGUGUCUCCCCCUGUCCUUCAUUUACAUUCCCCACGCCCCACAACACUACCCCCCCCUCCCCCCCUCGCCUCCUGUCUUUUGAUAAGUAGCUGUAGAAAACCAGGCACUCAAGCUUGAUGUCUUUUAUGCACAUGCUAUACUUCAUUUCAUUUGACUUUUACGCAACAUAUUUUUGUCAGUAGAGCUGUCUCAUACGGACGUGUUUGUAAAAAUAACAGGGUGCAAAACUCAAGUUUUAUAAGUUGAAAUGAUGAUAUGGUGUGUGUGUAUGUGUCUUAGCCUUUUUUUAAUCACCGGUAGAAGCAUACUGUUUUUUUUGUCAAUAAUGUUGGUGGGAAUAUGUUCCAACAUUUCCUCGCCUUUGUGAAACCCUUGUAUCAUUUUAUUUCAGAUUAAAAAUACUUGUUCUGGA